GAUGACAGACAGACAAGACAGAGGAGCAGGGCAGGACACCUAGGGGUGGACAGACAAAGUGGUCAGAGGAAAGGGACAGGAAGAUGAAGCACAGACAGGUGAACAGUGGAGGGAGACAGACUGAGGACAGAUAGACAAACCAACAGAUGGGGGGAUGGUGCCUGGAGGGGCAGAGGAGGUUUCUUCUGGGCUUGGCCGCUCCCUCCCUCUCCUGCCCUCUGGCGCCCCUGCGUAGGCACGGCUGCACUGGAGGAGGCUGCGGAGGGGAGGCGGAGCGCCUGGGCAGCCGGGCGGGCGGGCACGGCGGGCGCCGGAGGAUGCAGUCUCCAUGGGGCUGCUGUGGUUUCUCUCUUUCCUCCAUUCCACCUUCUUUGGGGACGAGGUGCUGGAGGAAUUAAAGAUGUCGGGGCCGGGCCCAACAGCUUCCUAUGAGCAGCUGGUGAGGCAGGUGGAGGCCCUGAGCCGGGAGAACACCCACCUGCGGAGAGAACUCCAGGAUAACUCCAGUCAUUUGUCGAAGUUGGAGAAUGAGACCUCUGAUAUGAAGGAGGUGCUGAAGCACCUUCAGGGGAAGCUAGAGCAAGAAGCCCGAGCAAUGGUAUCAUCUGGGCGGACUGAGUUAUUGGAGCAGCUGAAAGCCCUGCAGAUGGAUAUCACCAACCUGUACAACCUCAAGUUUCAGCCCACAGCUCUCGCUGCAGAGCCAGGCAGCCAGAACCGGAGCCGGAGCCGAAGCCCUGAGGGCAGCCCCCUGCACUGUGCCGCCCCUGCACCUGCUGUUCCCGGGCUGUCCAAGAAAAGAGAAGAAUCAGGAGAAUUGAGCAGGGCCACUGUCCGGCUGCUGGAGGAACUAGACAAAGAGAGGUGCUUCCUGCUGGCAGAGAUUGAGAAGGAAGAACAAGAGAAACUCUGGUAUUAUGGGCAGCUCCAGGGCUUGUCCCAGCGACUAGAUGAGCUGCCUCGGUCGGAGACGUUUUCCAUGCAGACAGACCUGAUCCGGCAGCAGCUGGAGUUCGAAGCUCAGCACAUCCGAGCGCUGAUGGAAGAGCGAUUCGGGACCUCGGACGAGAUGGUGCAGAGGGCUCAGAUCCGAGCCUCUCGCCUGGAGCAGAUUGAGAAGGAGCUUGCGGAAGCCCAGGCUCAGACCCAGACCCGGGAACGGGCGCAGCAGCCGCAGCCAGAGCACCAGACCUUGCUAGGGGCAAAGCCAGCAGGAGCAGAGGGGGAUGGGGAGGCAGAAAUCCCCACACACCCAGAGGAUGGAACCAGCCAACUCAGCAACAGCAAGGUGGAAGUGGUGUUCUGGCUACUGUCCAUGCUGGCCACGAGGGAUAAGGAGGACAUGGCACGGACCCUCCUGGCCAUGUCAAGCUCCCAGGAGAGCUGUGUGGCCAUGCGCCGCUCUGGCUGCCUGCCGCUCCUGCUGCAGAUCCUCCAUGACGCUGACCGUGAGGCGGGCCCCGCCGAGGGGGCCAAGGAUGCCCGCAUGCGGGCCAACGCAGCCCUACACAACAUCAUCUUCUCCCAGCCUGAUGAGGGCCAGGCCAAGAAGGAGAUGCGAGUGCUGCACGUGUUAGAGCAGAUCCGCUCUUACUCUGAGACCUGCUGGGACUGGCUUCGGAUGCAGGGCCGAGAUGGGGGCCAGGGCCCUGAGGGGGGUGCUGGGCCCGUUCCUAUUGAGCCGCAGAUCUGCCAAGCCACAUGUGCAGUGAUGAAACUCUCUUUUGAUGAGGAAUACCGCCGGGCCAUGAAUGAACUUGGUGGGCUGCAGGCUGUCGCAGAAUUGCUGCAGGUGGAUUAUGAGAUGCAUAAGAUGACCAAUGACCCUCUGAACCUGGCCCUGCGGAGAUACGCGGGCAUGGCCCUCACCAAUCUCACCUUUGGCGAUGUCGUCAAUAAGGCCACACUGUGCGCCCGGCGGGGCUGCAUGCAGGCCAUCGUGGCCCAGUUGGCCUCGGACAGUGAGGAGCUCCACCAGGUGGUGUCCAGCAUCCUUCGCAACCUAUCCUGGAGGGCAGAUAUCAACAGCAAGAAGGUCCUACGGGAGGUGGGCAGUAUGACCGGGCUCAUGCAGUGUGCUCUUCGAGCCACCAAGGAGUCCACACUGAAGAGUGUCCUCAGCGCCCUAUGGAACCUGUCGGCCCACAGCACAGAGAACAAGGCCGCCAUAUGCUUGGUGGAUGGAGCCUUGGGCUUCCUAGUCAGCACUCUCACCUAUAAGUGCCAGAGUAACUCACUAGCCAUCAUUGAGAGCGGCGGGGGCAUCCUCCGGAAUGUGUCCAGCCUCAUCGCCACCCGGGAGGACUACAGGCAGGUGCUCCGGGACCACAACUGCCUUCAGACGCUCCUCCAGCACCUGAGGUCCCACAGCCUGACCAUCGUGAGUAAUGCCUGCGGGACCUUGUGGAACCUGUCAGCUCGCAGUCCCCGCGACCAGGAGCUGCUGUGGGACCUGGGGGCCGUGAGCAUGCUGCGGAACCUGAUCCACUCCAAGCACAAGAUGAUAGCGAUGGGCAGCGCCGCCGCCCUGCGUAACCUGCUCACGCACCGGCCCCUCAAAUACAAGGACACGGCGGCCGUCAUCUCCCCAGGCUCCUGCAUGCCCAGCCUCUAUGUACGAAAGCAGAAGGCCCUAGAGGCCGAGCUGGACGCCAGGCACCUGGCCGAAGCUCUGGAUACGAUGGAGAAGCAGAGCCUGAAGGGUCAGGUUGCCAAGAAGCCCCCGCUACGCCACCUGGACAGUCUGGUCAAAGACUACGCCUCCGAUUCUGGUUGUUUUGAUGACGAGGAUGUGCCCGCCCUGGCCCCCGGGGUGGAGGUGGGUAAUCCCUCCGUCCUCUCCAUGUUUCUCAACAGUCCUUACCUGCAGGGUCAGGCCUUGCCACGCAUGACGGCCCCACGCCGAGGUCCCGAAGCAGAGAAGGAGGACGGCAGCAGCGGCAGAGGCAGUAUGGAUGCCAAGAAGGGGGUGAUGGAUGGGACCGCGGCGGCGGCUGAGAAACUGGCCACCAAACUCUCUGUGGCCGUGGCCAAGAUCGAUAAACUGGUGGAGGACAUCUCGGCCCUGCACACCUCCUCAGAGGACAGCUUCAGCCUCAGUUCGGGUGACCACGGGCUGGACUGGCCCUCAGGGCCCGGGGAGGUCCGGGAGGCCAGGGCCCAGUCAUGCUCACCCUGCCGGCUGCCUGAGGCAGGGAGGAGGGAAGGGGUAGGGAGGGCCCACCCGCUCCUCAGGCUGAAGGCGGCUUACAGCAGCCUGUCCAAUGACAGCUUAAACAGCAGCAGCACCAGUGACGGCUACUGCCCCCGAGAACACAUGAAUCCCUCCCCAAGGGCCUCGUUUGCCAGCUAUCGAGAGGAGCUUCAGAGGUACCAGCAGCGCCCCAGCCGGCUGGACCUUAAGAACAUCGUGGCUACCCAGCCAGACAGGAGAGAGCCCCCUUCUCAGGAGUCCGCUGCCCCCCAAAGGCCAGAAACCCAGGAUGGGCUGCAGAAGUCAUCCGUAUUCCCUGGGGAGUGGGCCCUGAGGAAGGAGUCAGAGUGGCCCAAAGACAGGGAGGGCAAGCUUGCCACUGAUUCUCACGUGCACACCAUCAAACUGUCGCCCUCCUAUCAGCAUGUGCCUCUGCUGGAGGGUAUGGCCAAGGUCGGUGCUGUUCCCUUUCCCAGCAACGGGGCCGGUCCAGCAGCCAGGAAGCAGGCCUGGUUGCCCACAGGGACCCUGAAAGGCACUGAGGGUCUGAGCAGGAUCCCUGAGAAGCUGCCAGCCCCAGCCCCACCUGCUCCGGCAGCAGAAACCUUACAGAAGUAUUCCGUGGAGGACACACCCAUCUGCUUCUCCAGAUGCAGCUCCCUCUCCUCCCUCUCCUCAGCCGACCAUGGCAUGGAUGGGAGAAGCCGCAGUGAAGACAACGGGCUGGACAGUGACUCUUCCCUGGAGAUCCUGGAGGAGCCCGGGCCCGGCGAGGGAGAGGAUGACGGGAUGGAGGAUUGGAGGCCCCGUGGGACUGCCUCCCUGCCUGUGGCCAUCCCUGCCCCACGGGGCGACCAGGCUUUCUUGUCCCAGGCCCGGGGGGAUGAAGGCGCCUCUCCCUCCCGACAAGAAGACAUGACGCCCUCCAGUUCCUCCGAGAACUACAUCCAGGAGACCCCCCUCGUCAUGAGCCGCUGCAGCUCCGUCAGCUCCCUGGGCAGCUUUGAGAGCCCCUCCAUUGCCAGCUCAAUCCAGAGUGACCCCUGCAGUGAGAUGGUGAGUGGCACCGUGAGCCCCAGUGAGCUUCCCGACAGCCCAGGGCAGACCAUGCCCCCCAGCCGGAGCAAGACCCCGCUCCCAGAACGGGAGACCAGCCAGUUCAACCUGCAGUGGGAGAACAAUGUCAAGAAGUUCAUGGACAUCACCGACUUCAAGGAGCGCUUCCAGCUGCCCCCAGACCUUGACAGCACCAUCUACUUCACGGUGGAGAAGCCGGACGAGAACUUCUCCUGCGCCUCCAGCCUCAGCGCGCUGCCCCUCCACGAGCACUACGUGCAGAAGGACGUGGAGCUCAAGCUCUUGCCCCCUUUCCCUGAGCGCGGAGGUGGACUUCACUUCGCUGGCCACGAAAAGCGGGAGGAUCCUGGGCGGGAGGAGCGGGUGGAAGGACCCCGUGGGGGCCGGCCCCGGCUGGAGACCCACUCCGAGGAUGACCUGGAGAUCCUGAAGGAAUGUAUCAGUUCGGCCAUGCCCUCUCGCUUCCGGAAGGUCAAGACAGCCCUGGUGCCGGGCUUGUCUGCGGGUAAGAAGGGACUACACGUGCCCGUCUACAUGCUGGUGCCUGCGCGUGCCCACGCCAGCAUGGCAGCCAGGACCCCUCGGCCUUCCCGCAGCCUGUAUAAAGAGGAGGAUUCCUUCACGGACUCCGCCGAAGGCACACCAGUCAACUUCUCCAGCGCCACGUCACUCAGUGAUGAGACCCUUCAGUAUCCAUCCAAGGACAGCCAGGGGCAGCGGGCUGAGAGGAGGGAGCCCGUCUCUCGGCGGGUCACCUCCAGCCAUUCUACUCCAACCAAGAUGGCGGCCGCCUACAAGCACAGAGCAGGAGGGGCCUGCCUGCCACUAUCAAGCAGGGGCAAUGAGCCGACCCGAGGCUCUCUCAAGAACCUGCCCAACCUAGAACCGACCAUUAGCCGGCCCAGGAGUGCCCACUCCGAAAGGGACGGCCGUUCCAGGGGAGACAGUGCACAUCCACACGGGGGUCACGGGGAUGUUGCCUUUCAGUCUUUAUGUCACACUACGCCCACUGAAGAGGCAGUUUACUGCUUCUACGAGAAUGAUUCCGACGAUGCUCCUGAGGGCCCAGCCCGGAAGGCACCAGCAGGAGCCCGGGCCCCAAAGAAGGAGCAUCGGGCUGGCAAGAAAGAAACAGAGCCCCAGCCCAAAGCGGGGCCACCAUCCUCCGUGCGGCCCCAAGCGCCUGCCAAAUCCCAACACAAACUGAUUGCCGAUGAGACCCCACCCUGCUACUCCUUAAGCUCUUCCGUGAGCUCGCUCAGUGACCUGGACCUUUCAGAUAGGGAUGGCGGGCAGCCACACGGCAAAGGGGGCCUGCCCCACCUUCAGACCCACAAGCCUGUACAUGCCAAGUCCCUGCCAUCAGCUCCUGGUCGGGACAGUUCCCCCAGCUCCCCGAGCCUCAACUCCGAUGAAGAUCUGCUACAGAGGUGUAUUGGCUCGGCCAUGCCAAAGAGACAGCGCCACACAGCCCGGCACCGUAAGGCCGAGCGAAAGCCCAAGCAAGCGGUCCCCAAGGCCGCGGGCAGCAAGGAGCGAAAGGCUGAGUUACAGAGGGAGCUAGGUGAGGAGGUAGGCUCAGACCGAGCCUCGGACCUGGACAGCGUGGAGUGGCAAGCUAUUCAAGAUGGUGCCAACUCCAUUGUGACGUGGUUGCACCAGGCAGCGGCAGCAGCAACAUCCUUCUCCAGGGAACCCUCGUCUGAGUCUGACUCUAUCCUCUCCUUUGUGUCUGGUCUGUCAGUGGGGUCCACCUUGCAGCUUACCCUUGGAAGGGAAGAGCAGAAGCGAAGGGGGAAGGAGACUGGAGGAGAGGUGGAAAAGAAGGAACAAAAUAAGACUGCUGAGGAGUGCAAGAAAGGAGGGGAGGCCCGGACCCUCAACCGCCGGAUGUCCCGGGGCCCGGAAAAGCCAGCCAGUGCCCAGAAACCCGUGUCCAAUCUUCCAGCAGUGUUCCGGGGUCGAACAGUCAUCUACAUGCCCACCCUGGCCAAGGGUACCCCCAAGCCUCGAUCCCCUCCAAAGAAAAACGUGCCCAAGACUGAGCCCCCUGCCAAACCCCUCACUCUCAGUCAGCAGAGGUCCCGGAGCCUCCACCGGCCAGGGAAAAUCUCAGAGAUGGCCGAGUUGACACUACCCAAGAGGAGUGCCACACCCCCUGCCCGGGCGGCUAAGACCCCCUCCUCUGGCUCUUCCCAAAUCUACCCCUCCCAGCCACCAUCCAAGAAGUCCCCGCCCUCUUCCCAGAUAAGUAAGCCAGUGCCAGCAACUGGGAGUAAAGCAGGCACCAACAGCCCUCAGGCCAGAGCUCCAGUGAAGGCUCUAAUCUCCAGACAGCACAAAACCCAGAAAUCUCCUGUGCGGAUUCCAUUCAUGCAGAAGCCAGUGAGGAAGACGUUCCCAGUGAGGAACCGCCAGCCCAUCCCGGAGGAGCAGGGUGCUGGAGGAAAGGCAGGUGGGAGGCUCAAUCUGGUCCGGGUGGCCUCAGCCCGAUCCAGUGGCAGUGAGUCAGACCGCUCUGGCUUCCUGCGACAACUGACCUUCAUCAAGGAGUCUUCUAACCUCCUCCUGCGACACCGCUCUGAGGCCACAGUUCCCCUUCCCCAGAACAACUCACCACGCCGAAGUCGUCCCGGCGUCCCUGCCGUCUUCCUCUGUUCUUCUCGUUGUGAAGAGCUCAAAGCGGCCAAAGCCGGGCCCCAGCCUAGGCCCAGAGCCUCACCAGGGGAGCGCCUACCCCGCCGGACCAGCUCAGAGAGUCCUUCCCGCUUACCUGUCAAGAUCGCUGCACCCCCACCUGAACCAUUCAAGCGCUAUUCCUCAUCCCCCCACAUCAACGUUGUCAAGAGGCCUGGCAGUCCAGCCCCGACCCUUCCUCAAGGGGCUGAGGCUGGGGGUGGGAGGCGGAGGAGUGAUGGAGAGGCCAAGCCUCUCCCUCAGGUAGGUGCAGGGGAGGGCCACGAUGCACAGUCAACAGCCACCAAGGGUACGUGGCGGAGGAUUCGGGACGAAGACAUACCCCGCAUCCUGAAGAGCACGCUCCCCUCCACUGCCCUGCCUCUCAUGGGCACGGUCCAAGAAGACAGUCCAGGUCCCCAAAGGAAGACCAGUGAUGCUGUGGUCCAGACAGAAGACUUCUCAGCCUCUAAAACCAACUCCAGCACCUCACCAACCCUGGAGAACCGGGAGCCACCCAAGAACGCAGUUAGCGUCCCAGUCAGCGCCGUGCAGGUCCCCUUCAUUGGCAGUGAUGUGGAUGGGCUGAGCUCCAAGGUGGCCACUGCCAUCUCCUUCGCCCACGAGGGGCUGACGGCCCCAGCCGGAGGCUUCCCCUCCAGCCGCCACGGCUCCCCCAGCCGGGCUGCCCGAGUCACCCCCUUCAAUUACAUCCCCAGUCCCAUGGUGGCCCCGGCCAUGACCGACAAAGCCGUGGAGAAAGCUAUCAGCCUCCAGGGUGAAUAGAACCUCAUCUGGCCUCUCUCCACCUCUCCCUGUCUCGACCCCUCCAGUCCUAGCCUGCUUAGGCCUCCCUACACUAAGACUCUGGUGGCAGCAAGCUGCACCCUUGUGGAAGAUGCCUGUGUACAAAGAACUAGUUCAAGAAGCUGCUUUCUUAUUUCAUACUCAGCCAAGUACAAGAGAAAAUUAGCUUUCAAAGAUGAGUGGCUCGAACCUGGGGAUGGAGACUGGUCCACUAAUCAGUAAGUCUCAGAACUGGAAUUGCUGGCCUCAUGUCUGAUGAGGCUUUCCUCCUUCCUCUAUGUCUCUGGUCACAGCCCUGUUGCCAGAAAACUUUCCUUCCUGGAAGGUGGAGAUAAUGGAUGACUUUUUUUUUUUUACCCACUGUGGGGAAGAGUCCAAAUCUGGAUAUGGGAGGGUUCCCCUUCUCUAACAUACAGCAAUGUCAUUUAGGGGGUCUUCCCCCACCAUGAGGGGAGAGACUUUUCUUGGGAAGGAAUAGAUGGUAGAAGUAGGUACGGGAGCUGGUACAGAGAAGAGACUAAUACUUUGGAGUGUAGGAAAAAACAAUGGGAGGAAGGGAGUUGGAGAAGACACCCCAAGGGCUCCAGAGUCAGUAGGCCCAGGGAGAGAGGGGUGUCUGAGGAAAGCCCAGAAAGCUGGGGGCAUGGAGCAUGCUGAAUGACUUUCUUCUAGGCAAGAGACUGUUCACCAGCAUGCUGCCCUCUGGCACAUCAGCAGCUCUGUGCCCCAAACAGAACAAGACCCCUGGCUGGGACCGCUGCCUCCCCAUGCCCAAGUAAAAAGCCACCUUUUAGCCAAGCCUUAAUGCAGAUCUUUCUGCUGCAUGCUUUAUCUUGUAUACCCAGCACUAAUAACCAGUUAUAAACAUCAUAUAGAUGAAUUGCAGCUUGUCAACACCAUGGGAAGCCCAGGAAGUAGACUUCCAGAAAGGGGGAAGCCCUGGGGAGGGCUGGAGAGGGAGCAGGCAUAGAACCCACCAGAUGGAGAAGAGCUGUAGGUGGCAGGGCCAAAUGCCUGUAAUUAAUGCCACCCAGUAAUUCAGUAAUGACUAAUUUGCUGAGUUUUGUCUGUGUUAUAUAAACCAGCUUGGGGAUGGAGCUGAGGAGGAUCUGAGACAAUGAGAGAACUGCACCUUAUUUAAUAGGGAGGUGAGAGGGUUACCCCAGAAGCCCACAGCUAACCGAUACCACUCCCUUGAUGUCCCUAGGUAGGCCUAGGUAGGGGGUGAAAGGAUAGGAAAGAAGACAGAUGUGUAUUAGUUCUGUUACUCUGGCUUUGAUCUCUUCCCCUGGGCAGCUGCUUUUAGAACAAAAAACUACAGGUGGCUCUUUCCUUUCCCUUAGCUAGCAUGCACCGGCUCACCUCCAGAGUCCUGAGGUGACUGACACAGGGAGGACUGCAGUGUCCCUGGAAGGAAGUCCAGACUUUAAGAAACAGCCAGAGUAAAACUGACUGUGCUUUUAGCAGGUGGAAUGGCACUCUGACCCAUGAGCUGCUGGAACAGAAUUUGAAGGCGCUUCUUGAGGAGUGGGGAGAGGCUUACACUGAGCCUUCCAUAAUCUCUUGCCUCGUCCCCAGCCUGGCCUGUUGCUGAGAUGGCCAGCUGGGUGGAGGAAGAUCCAUCUGUGGCUAGAAAACUAGCAGGAUGGUCAAGCCUCCUCCUUAGCACUCGCCACAUGCUAACUGGUGAACUGACCAGCCACUGGGCUCUCUCAGAAACUGAGCCACGGGAGGGACCAAAGAAUACAGAUUAUGGAGAGAGGCCCAGACAGGGAUGGGAAAGCGAGGGUCUGCUGAGCUGCUUCAAGAGCAAGCUCUUUCUGUUGUAAACCGCACUUUAAAAGGAUUGUAAAGAGCAGAGCCAAUUGCUCAUAUGUGAUAGUUUUGGGGACGUGGGGGUACGGAACCAUCUGUUUGGUUGUUUUGGGUUUUUUUUUAAUGACUUUUUGUGAAAAAUACAAAAUUGCAGGAGUCUCCCAGCAGGUUACUUUAGGGAAGGACGUAACACCCCUUGAGAUGGCCCAGUGUUUUCUCCAGGAAGUAAAAUUUGAGUUUCACAGAUGGGGGAGACAAACUGCCUCUUGGAAUUUGGCCAAGCCAAGCCUCUGGGAAGAAUGUCCUGAUGAGGCCAGAGAACUGAUUGGUUUCUAUUGGGCCCCAGAGGGCAGAGAUCUAAGAGACAUGUGGAAGGUACAAACAGGUCGAUUUUGAGCUUGUAUAAGGAAGCAUUUCCUAACAUUUAGAACUGUCCAGAAGUGAAGUGACCUACCUCAGAAAGUGGUGGGGUUUCCCAUCACUGGAAUUCUUCAAGAAGAGGUUGAAUGACCACCUAUCAAGGAAGCAAUAGAGGAGAUUCCUUUUUAAGCUAUGGGUUAGACUAUAUCAAGUCUGAAGUCCUUUGUAGCUGAAAUUCUAUGAACGGAUGUGAAGGGUCAAACAAUUAGCCGAACUACUGAGGAAGUAAUCUCCCCGUGUGGCUAGCGCCGGUCUGCUACUGCGCUGAAGGUCCAGGGUAGAGAGGGAAGAAAUCAGGAUCAGAGGUAUCAACCUAUACUGUGCUAUAUGAUGGAUGUGAGGAGGGUCAGGUGCAGGAGAGGGGAGAAGGCAGAGAAUGAAAGUGACAGAAGACGUUUGGCUGGUUUUGCUAACUGAACUGUGGCUCUGUAUGGUGGUGACUCACCCACCGGGAACUGGACUGAGGUCACAACUUACUUCCUACAGAUGCCAUGGAACAGCUAACAAUCACUGAACUCUGGCCCACAUUAACUAGGAGAUGACUGAAUUCUUCUCGAGCCAGACAGUACAUUCGUCCCCCUCUCUGUCUCCCUCAUCCUUGGCUUUGAAAAAGCUUGAUCUGUCUACUCAUUGUGUAUUCCAGAGGUAGGGAUCCUUGAAGAAACACCUUCAAAUAUUUCAGUCUAGAGCCCUGUUGGAAGGACAGUGCUUCCUUAACCACUCAAGUUUAGUCUAGGAAGUAGAGUGUUUCCAGUCAAAGUAUUUCCAUUGGAAAGAGCCAGUAACCUCUUUCCCAGUGGAACCCUGGGUUCCAGAAACAGCUGCUCUUUGCAAAACUGUUUUAGCUGUUUUUGCAAAGAACUACUCCUCACGGAGCACAAUGUAGACUCAAUCUAUGUGAGACCUAGGGCAAGUCCUUUCCUGCCUCCUAGUUUCAGUUAUCUCUGUAAAACGAGGGGGUUGGACUAGAUGAUUUCUAGGGUUCCUUUUAGCUUGGAUGUUUUUUGAUUCUGGGGAGAAAAGAAUACACUGAGCAAGUAGGUUGAUAACCAUUAGGCAAGUAGUAGGGCAUAUGGAGUCAAUUGAUUCUAUUAACCCUGGUCCUCUGGGGGAAGGGAAACAGUCUCCCACUGAACUUGAUCGGUAACAGGUCCUUAUUUGCCGAGUCUACAAAAGGAAAAUCUAAAUUGAAAAGCCUGGAAAACUCCUCUUUCUUGCUGACACCUCUUCAGUCAUCCUGUGGCAGGCCACUCAGCCGAAUUCAUUCUUGGCCACCAUUUCAAGGGACCGUAGGACAAAAUCAAACGCUGGGAGCCUUGGGACUGCACUUUAAAAGCCACCUCCCAGCCUGGAGCUGAUCGUAUUUGGGAGUUGCGUCUCCCACAUCUCCUACGGAGAGUUGAGUCAAUAUUCUCUUCUGCCAGGAAGGCUCUUAUUGAGGGAGGAGCCGACUCUAAAAGGCUGUAAUAGACUCAGAGCUGACCCAGUUCACAUGGAUUUGUGGGGUAGCUCCCAGUUGCCAGUGUUACAAGGAGGUUUGACAUAUGUUAUGUGCAACACAUGUGGGAUUGGAACCAAAACACAAGGAGUGAUUUCAUCCUCAUUUUCCUUUCUCACAACACUGAAUGCUUCAGCCUUGUAGGAAUAAGAGGCGGGGAUACUUCUGCAGGGACCCUCCAAGCCUGGCCCCUGAAAUUAGGGGCUGUUCUCCAAAGAUGCUUCCAGUUCUGUGUCUCCCUUCAACAGAAAGAAUAUGGUGAAGUGACAGGCUUGUUCCCCAUUCAGCAAGGACAAGACAGCUGGGUUAUCUAGAACCUGUCCUACGCAAUCUGUAGCCAGAGAUUAAAGCAAAUAUGGUGGAGAGAGAAGAUGCCUAGUUUUAGUGAAUGUUGGAGCUGGCCAUCAGACACUUGCCUGUUAUUGGAUGUAACAUUCAAAUAUAAGAUGUGUUUGAGAGUGAAAAAUACGUCCUGGAAAGUUUGCAGACUGAAAAAGGUGGAGAGAUGCUGUUAGACUGCUCUCAUUCUAACAGGCAAACUCUGGAUGGGAAAGAGAUGGUGUAUCAGGUGCUCACAGCGGGCAGUUAACCCAACCCACAACCUUCUGUCCUUCUAGGAAAGACAUUAUGAGAUUCUGGAGGAGGGGACUCAGCCCAGAGGUCAGAGCUGUGCCUGACCCCCCCUCCACCAAUUUGCGAGGUGAUCUGGGCAGGUUGCUUCACCGCUCUGUGCCUGCUUCCCCCACCUGUGAAAUGGGGAGAACCUCUGCCAGAUCUACCUCCCAAGGGAGUGAGGAUCGGCUGGUCGGCUGGACACAUGAUGGAAUGUUGGGAGAUCUACACAGGAUGGUGUUAUUCCAUAGCGUAACUGGUGCUACACUGCAGGGCAUGCAUUUGGUUCUAACUCUUUUGAGCAAAGGCUUAGGAACCUUCUGCUUCCUGUCACUUGUGCUAACUUGUCCUAGGAGCUGCACCGAAGCCAGUCAGGACACAGUCCCUCCCUUCCCAGCCUCUGGGGCUUGGUGACCAACCUGAAAGUCCAGGCACUCAUGGAAACUAUCAGGGGGUGAAUCCGGACAAUUCAACUUGUUUUUGGAGGGAGUGUGCUGAUAUGAAAGAGCAGGCACUGCUCCCUCACUGGGGUCAGAGGGAACAGUUUCCUAGUCUCUGUGUUUGAUUAGCACCUUAUGUGACCUACAGAGGCAGGGGCCAAAAAUGGGGCUGAAGCUUUGAGAAUAUCCGCACAGCCAGGCCUCCCCAAGUUAGCUGCCUGCCCUGCCCAGCCCCAGGACUUUGCCAACCACAGUGACAGGGUCGGUCGCCUCCCCUCCUUCGCCCUCAUCCUUCACACCGCAUCAGCUUUGUUCACACCAUCCUCCAGCCAGUGGGGGGAAGGGGAGGGCAGGAGGAUGUCACAGACACACUAUGGUUUCCUGGGGUAGAGAAGAGGGCAGUUUGUGGUAGUUGAACAAUUGAUAUCCAUAUACCUGUCAACUAGGGCCAGAGGAACCAACUGUCAUAUGCCAAACACAGCUAUCACUUAAAGCCUUUAUCCCACUGUAGGGAUGCUAUCUGUACCACUCAGCUGUUAACCUGGUUCGCUCCUUUAUGCUCUCAGUGUGAGAGUGGAUAUGUGUGUGUUCCUGCUUAAGCGCUGCCGUCACCAAGGGAUUUGAACUGGGGACUCAGAGGGGCAGGAAUCGUGCAUCGUCAGAAGCGAUCGAUUCCGCUGGGCCAGUCUUCACCAAAGUUCAACACUUCUACCAUCGUCCCCUCCCCGUGCAAUCUGCUGUUGGUGGCGUGACCAUCCCAAAGGGGAAGGACUUAACCUUCGGGAGGAAUGACCCUUGGGGUGGCCACGAUGGGGGCCCAACAUCAGCCUGCUUUUCACCAGCUGCUCAGGAGCUGCUGUGCUACGCCUGACAGUGCUGCCUGAUCAGCAAAGUUUAAAGAAAAACAGCCCCGCUCCGAUCUAUUCCCAGCAGGGUACUAGAUUUAGGGCAACACACACACAUCUUCCUGAAGCAACAGGAGCAGACGCCGUUACCUCAUACCUCUAAUCUGUCACCACGUCCAUUCAGUGUGUACGUACCACCCCAGUUCUUCGCCACAGACCCUAGUUCUGUUCUCAUCCAGUUUGUGUGAUAAUCCUUUUCAGCCCCCAGAUGAAAGCUGCCUUUGCCCAUCUCAUUCAACUGGUUUCCAGCCCAUCCUCUCCAGUCUACUCACUUCCUGCUCCCCCUCACCUCCCUAGCAUCUGCACUGAGGGUCAUUUUACUGGGACUCUGGACAGUAUUAAAAUGAAGCGUGUAAAUAUUAAGUGUCCCCCCCCCCUUUUUUUCCACUAAGAUAAAACAGAGUCAUUCGUCUGGCUCAAAGGUGAGACAGGAAGAUCAGGCAAUUGACUUGUAGGGCACCGUUAGCAUCUUCACUUAAUAAACUAAGCUGUUGAAUUGCC